AUGACGAUCCGGUACAACCAGAAGCUCGUCAGCAACCAUUUCCGCAAGGACUGGCAACGCCGGGUCAAGACCCAUUUCGACCAGGCCGGCAAGAAGUCCAGAAGACGUGUCGCCCGUAAGGCCAAGGCUGCUGCUCUUGCCCCCCGACCUGUCGACAAGCUCCGACCCGUUGUCCGAUGCCCUACCAUCAAGUACAACCGUCGUGUCCGCUCCGGCCGUGGUUUCACCCUGGCUGAGCUCAAGGAGGCCGGUAUCCCCAAGGCUUUCGCUCCCACCAUCGGCAUUGCCGUCGACUUCCGCCGCCAGAACCUCAGCGAGGAGUCCCUUGCCGCCAACGUCGCCCGCCUCAAGGCUUACCAGGAGCGACUGAUCCUCCUUCCCCGCCGAUCUAACGCCCUCAAGAAGGGUGACUCCAAGGCCGACGCCUCCGUCGAGAAGGUCUCUCACGUCGCCGCCGCCUUCCCUAUCGCCCCUACCGAUAUCGCCGUCAAGGAGAUCUCCAAGAGCGACAUGCCUUCCAACAUUGAGGCUGGCGCUUACCGAACUCUCCGUGUCGCUCGUGCCAACGCCCGAUACGAGGGUGCCCGCCAGAAGCGUAUCCGUGAUGCUGCCGAGGCUGAGUCUGCCAAGAAAUAA